AGACAGAUGAACCUAGAGCCGAUCCCAGAGGGCAUUGAGGAGGAGAUGUACGAUGGCGUGGCUGUCUCUUUAAUCUGUUGAUUAUGCUUUAUUUAAUUAACUUUAAUGCUUAUUACGUUUUCGGGCAAGAUCCCAAGUUGUUUGACUUUAAAAAGGCUUCCGCAUUAUUUUAAAUUACUCCGAUGGAUUUUCAUAUGUAUUGAAAGAACAAUGAGUCAAGAAUCGACCCACGGUCAGUACGUUCCGGAGCCGGAGCACGUGAGCGUGCACACGGCGAACACCGAGGGUUCGAGUUUCACGCCUCCGGGUGACGGAGGGCAACAGCAGAAUCAACCUGCGCCAGCGGGACAGCCACCAGCUGUACCACCACCAGUCGUACCACCUCCAGUGAUGCCACUGUUGGCGAUACCGCCGGUGGCCUACGAGCAGAUGUUCCCGGCCAUGAUGGCCCAUUAUAUGCAGCACAUGGCGCAGUUUAUGCCCAUGAUCCAGCCACCGCCACCACCACAGCCGCAGCCGCGCAUCGUCACCUUCAAGAUGUUGAAGGAUAAUGGAGCGGAAGAGUUCCGAGGAGACAAUAUGGGGGAGCCCCAGAUUGCUUUGGAUUGGCUUAAGCAGAUGGACCGGAAGGGAGCAUAUGAUUGGUGGAAGCGCAUUGACCAGGAUCCACACACACCCAAACCGUGGACCUGGGAUCGCUUUGAUCGAGCCUUCACGAAGGAGUACGUCCCCACCCGGUACCGCGAGGAGAGGCGCGAUGAGUUCGUUGCGCUUAAGCAAGAGGGGAUGUCACUGCCUGAACUGAGACAGAGGUUCGACUACCUGUCCCAGUAUGCGACGAGUCUGGUCUCCACUCCGGAGGAUCGUUUGAAUAAGUUCGUCAAGAAGCUACGGCCGGACUUGAGGCCGUACGCCGCACUGAUCACGACGACAUAUUUUAAUGCGGCGUAUGAUUUGAUUGUGAAGACGGAAAAGAGCUUGGACGAUCUGCAGGCAACCAAGAAAGAGGAUCGAGCGACGAAAGACCCGCGACCCGCGGCCAGCACCAGGCCGAGCGGGAAGAGUUUUGGAUUCGGGGGAAAGAGGUACGAGAAGGGUUCUUCGAGUGCGCCGCCGCCUAAGAGGAGUAAGUCGAGGCCGUCUCCGUCAGCCGCCGCUAGCAACUCGAACAGAACGAGGAGCCACCCGCAAUGUGUACAUUGUGGUAGGCAUCACCCGGGCGAGUGUUGGCUCGCCCAAGGCUUAUGUUUGGGUUGUGGUCAGCCAGGGCAUUUCAGGAGGCAUUGCCCGACAAACCCUAGCAGCGAGCCUGUUUUACAUAGAGCUCCGGAUCAGCCUGCCGCAUCACAUCCAGCACGGAGUCAGCAGUCUACGGCCGCAAAUAAUCAGCAGAGACCACGUCCGCAGCAGUCAGACCGGGCACCAGCGCGUACCUACGCCAUGCAUGGGCGCACAGAUCCUAGUCCCGAUGUUAUCUUGGGACAUAGCAUGCGUCUUCAUCACAUUUAUCAUAGAUGUCCGUUGUCCGUGCAAGGGAAGCAAUUCCCUGCGGAUUUGAUAGAGCUACCACACAAGGAGUUUGACAUUAUCCUUGGUAUGGAUUGGCUCACCGAGCAUAGAGCAGUGGUCGACUGCAGUUGUCAGACCGUACGGCUGAGAGCCGAGGACGGUAGCGACGUAUUACUCUCCGGGGAGGUGUUCCCCAAGACUCCCGAGUUCAUAUCAUCCUUGAGCGCGAGGUGCUUGAUUCGCAAGAAGUGCGAGAUGUUCCUGUGUCACGUUCAGGAUAUGCGAAAAGAAUCGCCACGUCAGCAGGACAUUCGUACGGUUUGCGACUUCUCCGAUGUCUUUCCCGAAGACCUACCUGGUUUGCCUCCGCCGAGAGAGAAAGAAAAUAAGUUGACUGUUGGUCAACCGUCUAAAGAACCGAAUGUAAAGUUGAAUUGAUUUUUAUUAAAAGGAUAAACUUAUGCACGAUCUUAAUUGUUGAAUUAUUAUGUUUAUUCUUGUGCUACAAUGGAGUACCACUCAGCGUCAAUGCUGAGCGGAUAGCGUUGUUUUCUUUUGCUGUCCGUAGGUGAUUAGACAGAUGAACCUAGAGCCGAUCCCAGAGGGCAUUGAGGAGGAGAUGUACGAUGGCGUGGCUGUUUCUUUAAUCUGUUGAUUAUGCUUUAUUUAAUUAACUUUAAUGCUUAUU